AUGUCUACGGUAAUAUCAUCACUAGAGAAUCCUGUAAAUGGAAAAAAUGUUGAACAAGAAGGAUCUCAAGACAAUGAGUCUCAUGGAAAGGAGGAUAACGGUAAUUUUGAAGUCUCUGAAAUAGCAAAGGGGAACUCGGAAGGACAAGACGAACAAAAAGAACAGAACAAUGAAGAAAAUCCAGAGGAUCGUAUUUUCAAUGAAACGAAAGAAAUUGCAGAGUCUGACAACGAAUCGGACAACAACAGAAGCUCAGACUCGGAGUUAGACUCUGGAUCAGGGUCAGAAGGUGACUCGACUUCUGAUUCUAGCUCAGAGUCGAGUUCAGAUUCCGAGUCCGAGGAAGAAGGUGAGGUUGAAGUCUCCGACAACGAGAGCGACGUAUCUGCAGAACCAAUCAAAUCCAAGAACGAGCAAGAGGAGGAAGGGCUUGAAUUGCCUGAAGACUUUUCUGUUCCUCCAGAUGCGCCUAUUGAGUACAUCGGUAAUAUCACAGCUCUUGUCGAAAGAAGCAUUGUGAUAAAGGCGAGCGUUUCAGGCGAGAUUCGCGUCUUGAAAGAUGGCUCAAUUCUCUGCUUAGAAGACAGAACGUUGGUCGGCCCACUGUUCGAGACGUUUGGCAGAAUUCAGUCUCCUUCUUAUCGUGUUAAAUUCAAGACGGAAGAAAAGUUUGAAGCGUUUAAAGACAAGAAAGGCGCGAAGGUUUUCUAUGUUGUUCCUGAGUCCGAGUUUGUGCUCACGUCUCAAAUAAAGACAAUAAAGGGAAGCGAUGCCAGUAAUUGGAAUGACGAGGAAAUUCCUGAGGAAGAGCAGGAAUUUUCUGAUGACGAGAAGGAAGCAGCGAUGAAAGCUCUUAGAAAGCGAAAGAAGAACCAAAAGAAGGAAGAGACAACGAAAAGGCCACUACCGAAUCAUAUGAGGUCGCAGCUGACUUCCCUUCCAAAAAAGGGAACCACACAGACAGCAACUCCUUCUCAAGCUACACAGUCACCGAAACAAGAAACUACUGCGCAAUCCUUGGCUUCGACAAAACCCACCUCGCUUACCCAGCCAGUGCAAAUGUCUCAACCGCCGCAAUCGAUGCAAUCGGCGCUUCCAAUUCAGCCUCAGCAGCAACUGUAUCAGCCCAUGAAUUUUGUGAGUCCAGUCCAACAACAAUACUAUCCUCAACAACAAUCAUAUCCUUCCACUACAGGGUAUUAUCAGCAACAUGCUCAAUAUCAAUGGUAUCCCCAGUACCAUCAAUAUCCAAAUUAUCAGUAUCCCUACCAACAGGCCCAGAAUGCUCAACCUCAAGUUGAUCCAAACGUUUUCCAGCAAGUCAGCCAGUUCAUUCAACUUGCUCAAACACAAACCCAAUCCCAGCAACAAUGCCAGCCUCAAAGCUUCGAUACACCGGACAAGUCUGCGAAACCUCUCUCUGACGACGAAUAUGACCCUGAAAAUAUAUAA